CCAAAACCCGAAAUUGUUUAUUUCAUUGUACAUUGCGUAUUACAAAACUUUUAAUUAUUCAAGUUUCUUUGUGUGCCUUUGUUAUUAUUCAAAUGUAAUUUUAAUUUUCUACCUAAUGACAGCUGGAUCAGUAUUGUGUACAUGACCGACGACUUUUUCUACAGGUUUUUGUGAAUGAAUUUCUUUAGGAAUAUUUUUUUAGCAGUAGUUCUUGCAUUGCAUUCUGUUGACCUAGUUCAUCAAUAGUCUAGACAGUGAAUGUGCUAGACAACGGUAUUAUGAAGUGAUAAAGUUAACAAACGAUAAAGGAGUACACUUGCCUGUGUGCCCUAUGAAAGGUUCUCGCAAACACUGCGAGUGAAUUAAUUGAGGAGACAGCGGGCGCGCGGCGCGCAGCAGUCACCACGGUGGUUCGCCGAACCGCAGUUAGUCGCGUUUCGUUGCGAAAGGUGGUCGCGAUGAUGCUCGUGUUUGCCGCUAUUGCGGCCGCCUGUGCCGCCGUUUGGCUCUCCCAAGGAAUCCUUUGUAGUUUUGUGGCUCUUUUAAUUCUUUGUGCUGUUUACGCCGGUGCAUUCCAUUCACGCUGGUGUUACGUCGCUAUAAAGACCGCGCCGCGAGAUCUCAGAGCACUAUUAUCAUAUGUAAAGAUUCUAUGGAUAACAAGAAAGUUUAGUAGCAAAGAUCUGACCCUGCCGGACAUUUUUCAUGAUGUUGUGAAAAGACAUCCAGAUAAGCCCUGCUUCCUAUUCCAAAACGAAGUUUGGUCCUUCAAAGAGGUGGAAGACUACAGCUUGAGGGUUACUGCUGUGUUAAAAGCGCAGGGUAUAAAAAAGGGGAAUAUUGUUGGUUUGUUAGUGAACAACUGUCCCCAACAGCCUGCACUAUGGAUGGGUAUAGCCCGGCUAGGCGCUGUCACGCCUCUUAUUAACACGAACCAACGCGGCAAUGCUCUCAUACACUCAAUAAACGUCGCCAAAUGUGAUGCAUUGAUCAUCUCUGAAGAGUACCAAGCCGCUAUCCAAGAAAUAGCAAAAGACUUGAGUCCCUCACUGAAGCUGUUCAAGUUCUCCCAACGGGCUCUAAACCCAUCAAACCCAAGAGUCGAAGGUAGUGGCGAUGGCAUCACGGAUUUCACCAACUUGUUGGAGACCACACCCCCUGCACCCUGGACUUUGGCAGACGCUGAUGGCUUCCAGGGAAAACUGUUGUACAUCUACACUUCUGGAACCACUGGACUGCCAAAAGCGGCCGUUAUCUCCAAUGCUAGGUUCGUUUUCAUGGCGACCGGUCUAUAUUACAUGGGUUUGGAAGGCAAUGAUGUGUUCUACUGUCCCCUUCCUCUCUACCAUACGGCGGGAGGAGUGAUAAGCAUCGGUUUAGCUAUCAUAAUGGGCUGUACCGUCGCAAUCAAAUCUAAGUUCUCAGCGUCACAGUACUUCCCGGAUUGUGUCAAGUAUAAAGCUACGGCAGCACACUACAUAGGCGAGAUGUGUCGCUACGUGUUGGCCACGCCUCCCUCGCCCGCCGACACUCAGCAUAACGUCAGAGUCAUAUACGGCAACGGACUUAGACCACAGAUUUGGAAGGACUUCGUGAAAAGGUUCAACAUUAAGGCGGUGACAGAGUUCUAUGGAGCGACUGAAGGAAAUGCCAAUAUAGCCAAUGUGGAUGGCACGCCAGGAGCUAUUGGUUUUGUUUCGAGAAUAUUCCCGAAGGUGUAUCCUAUCGCCAUCAUCAAGGUCAAUCAGGAGACCGGGGAACCCAUCCGAGACUCACGAGGACUUUGUCAGUUAGCGCAACCAAACGAGCCAGGCGUGUUUAUCGGCAAGAUACAAGCACACAACCCCGCGCGGCAGUACCUCGGAUACGUAGACAAGGCGGCGUCAGAGAAGAAGGUCGUUAAAGACGUCUUCCAGUUCGGUGAUGCCGCUUUUAUUUCUGGUGACAUCUUAACGGCGGACGAAUUCGGAUACCUAUUCUUCCGCGACCGCACGGGCGACACGUUCAGAUGGCGCGGAGAAAAUGUUUCUACCACGGAGGUUGAGGCCGCCAUCUCUAGAGUCGCUGAGCAUAGAGACGCUGUUGUCUAUGGAGUAUUGGUACCAAACACAGAAGGGCGAGCGGGCAUGUGUGGUAUAGUAGACGUAGACGGAACAUUAGAUCUGGAAAUCUUGGCCAGGAACUUGGCGCGAGACCUGCCGGUGUACGCACGACCUGUGUUCAUUAGAGUCAUGGACAGCUUAGAUAUGACUGGUACAUUUAAAAUGAAGAAGACUGACCUGCAAAAAGACAGUUUCGACCCCAAACUGGCGAAAAAAGACAAGCUUUACUAUUUAGAUGUAAAACAAGGCCGCUACCUGCCACUAGGAAUUGAGGAAUACGAGAAAAUUAUUAGUGGACAAAUUAGGCUGUGAAUUGUUCAUCUGUUGUUUCAGUGUUGUUAUAGUUGAUACGAGUAGUUCAAAUGACAUGUUGUCUUAACAACUAACGACCGUUUCCAAUAUUCAAUCUACAGUCAAUAAAUCGAAAUAAUAGUGUUUUGCUUACUAAAGAUAGGACAUUUACAUAACUUGUAUACGGCUAAUGUCAAAUUCUAUCUCUAAGUAAGCAUAUCUACAGAUAUAAGAUAGAAUGUUGGGAAUGGUCCUAAACUGUUUUAGCGGUUGGUAGCUACGUUUACAUAAAAUGUUCGUUAAUACUAAAGAUGCUUUCACUCCGUAGGGCAAUUUAAUACGUAUAUUUAUAUAAGCUUUUUCAUGCAUUUACAAGUUAAUCAAAAUAGUGUGUGUCUAAACAGAUUUAGAUGAAAUAAACGAGUAUUUUUUCCUCGCCUUCAGUAUUGUGAAUUAAUUUGUCACUGUCACAUAAACUUUUUUGAAAGGAAUUCCUAAAUAUUCCUUGCAUAAUGCUGUACGUUACACAUUAGUUUUUCAAAGAAAUUUCUUCCUAUUCCAGCUUAUUACCACUAUGAUCAUUGCAUUUCAUCCCAAUCGUGCGCAGGGUAUAUUUUAAUAGAAAUAUUGUUAAACUCCAAGUUGACACUUUCUAAGAUCUUAAUUGUUUUUAAGCUGUGUAUUUCUUGUCUGAAAGAAAUUUCAGCCCUAUUAUUCUUUAUUCUCCAUGUGUUCACAAUAUAAAUCAUCUUUGUGCUAAAACUUCACGUUUGAAAAUAUUUUUCUAAGUAUCUAUUCUACCGUGUAUAUUUUGUAGACCUUACAUUCCUAGACGAAUUCGGAAGCCCGCUUAAACGAAUAAAAUAACUUUUCUAUAUGAAUGUUUGACAUUGUGGCAAUAAGAAGUCGGCAGGUGAUAAGAUUUUGGUGAUCUUUAAGAGAUGGGAAUCUAUGAAUUUAUUAAAUUAGCAUAUUUGAAGGACUGAUCUGGUAGGCUUUAGGAAAAUUUAUUGCAACAAUCGAAUCUUUGAUAGAAAUGGCAAUCUCAAGCGCUUUCGUGUGUAAAAAAAUAUCUGAUAAUCGUUAUCAGAAACAAUAAAAUUGUGUUUUAAUGUAUGUAUGUAUGUAUAUAUUGUCUUCCGGUUUUUCGUAGCCUUGAAAAUAAACGUAGAGGAAAAUUAUGUUACACAAAUUAUUCCAAUUUCUUAAUCAUUUUAAUAAUAGAUCAAACUCUUCCUCAGUUACUUUUAAGUCGUUUAGCCAACAUUAUACCUCAUUCUUCUCCGAAAAGGUAGUUUGUUCAAAGGACUAGUUAGCUCAAAAGAACGCUUCGUUAAAUAUGUAGUAAGUACUUAAAAACACUGAUGUCUGGUGUGGGAAUAUUUCUAAUUGAAUUUGUUUUCCGUUAAAUCAAAUUGUAGUUAAGAUGUGUAGCAUAAGUCACGCUGUUAUUAAUAUAUUAAUCAGUAACCAAGAAUUCUCAUUAUUUUUAUAAUUUAUUUGUAUAGUAAAAAGUUGUACAGCUUUUACAGAAAAUACUUGCCUAGUUCACACUAAACUUACUUAUUGUUUUUUUAUACAAUUUCAAAUAAGUAACACCCGACUUUUAAUAAGGCUGAGGUUUCAAUAUUUCUUCUGUUUCAUUUUGUUACAUAAAUUAGAUCUAAGAUUAUUUAACGGUAUGGGAUAUGUUGAAUAAACUACAUUAAAUGUAUAUUUUCCUAAAA